UCAAUGUCUCUUGAAGCCCAAUUUCCGGAAGCUGUGAGUUCUGCGAGAAGUUCCUGCACUCGGUGCCCCGAGUCUGCGAAUUCCCAAAAAUGAACACUCCAGGCGUGCUGUCCUUUACCCAGCAAGCCUGGGAGCAGGUGCUGGCCAAAAUGAAACGGGCCGUGGUCUACCUGGACGCCGCCUGCGCGGAGAGCCUGCACUGGGGCUGCGGGUCCUCGAGGCUGCUGGAGGCGGUGGGGAGCCCUGCGUGUUACCUGCGCGAGUUCGAGCCCGCCGCAGUUGGUGGCGGAGCCGAGCAGCCCAAGGCAGUGUUUGUGUUGAGCUCCCUGCUGAAAGGCCGGGUCGUGGAGACCCUGCGGGACAUCAUCUGCCGAAGUCACUUCCAGUACUGUGUGGUGGUCACGGCUGUGAACCACGCAGUCCAUCUUACGGCUAAUCAUGUGCCGCCGGCGGCAGCAGCCGAGUUGGAAGGGCAGCAGCCAGUGUUCGAGCAACUGGAGGAGAAGCUGUGUGAGUGGAUGGGCAACAUGAACUACACAGCUGAGGUGCUGCACAUACCAUUGUUACUCGCCCCUGUGGCUCCCCACCUUGCCCUGACUCCAGCUUUUGCUUCCCUUUUCCCACUGUUACCCCAGGAUGUGCAUAUCCUCAACAGUGCCCGACCUGACAGAAGGAGGCUGGGAAGCCUGGCUGAAGUGGAUGCCACUGCCCUGACCCCUGAGCUGCUGCUGCAGAUUAGGUGCCUGGUGUCAGGGCUCAGUUCCCUGUGUGAGCAUUUAGGGGUACGAGAGGAGUGCUUUGCUGUAGGUUCCCUCAGUCGGAUCAUCGCUGCAGAUCUGGCCAAUUUUGCUCCUGCCAAGAACAGGAGGAAGACUGCCACAGGCAGGGCAUCAGUGGUCUUUGUGGACAGAACGCUGGAUCUCACAGGGGCUGUAGGACAUCAUGGAGAUAACUUGGUGGAGAAGAUCCUUGCAGUGCUUCCCCGGCUUCCAGGCCACACCAAUGAUGUGAUGGUUAACAUGGUGCAGCUCACUGCACUCCAAGCUGAGGAGGAGAAUCAGAAUGUCAUUGUACCUGGCUGUCUUGCACAAUCCAAUGACCCUGCAGCCAAAGCCCUGUGGGAAGCCUUAUUGAACACCAAGCACAAAGAAGCAGUAAUGGAAGUCCGGAGACACCUAGUGGAGGCAGCAAGCAGAGAAAACCUGCCAAUCAAGAUGAGUAUGGGGAGAGUCACUCCGGGGCAGCUCAUGUCCUAUAUUCAGCUCUUCAAGAACAACCUCAAAUCUCUAGGGAAUCACUGUGGGCUCCUACAGCUUGGGCUGGCCACUGUCCAAACUCUGAAACACCCACAGACUGCCAAGUGGGACAACUUUCUGGCUUUUGAAAGGCUCCUUCUCCAGAACAUUGGGGAAUCGACAAUGUCUGUUGUGUUAAAUCAGCUGCUGCCCAUGAUUAAGCCUUUGAACCAGAGGACCAAUGAUGACUACAGCCCCGAAGAGCUGCUGGUCCUCCUGCUAUAUAUUUAUUCUGUCAGUGGAGAGUUCUUAGUGGACAAAGACCUGGGUGAAGGUGAAGAAAAAGUGAAGAAAGCGUUGGCUCAGGUCUUUUGUGAGGAGUCUGAAUUGUCACCUUUGCUGCAGAAAAUCACAGGCUGUGACUCUUCAAUUAACCUGACAUUUCACAAAUCCAAAAGUGCUGUGGAUGAACUCUUCACUUCGCUUCGGGAUAUUGCUGGAGCUCGGAACCUCAUGAAACAGUUUAAGUCUGUAUAUGUUCCUGGAAAUCAUACCCACCAGGCAUCCUAUAAACCAUUGUUGAAGCAGGUCGUGGAGGAAAUAUUUAAUCCCGAGAAGCCAGAUCCAGUUGACAUUGAACAUAUGUCUUCAGGCCUCACUGAUCUCCUUAAAACUGGAUUCAGCAUGUUCAUGAAGGUGAGCCGGCCUCAUCCCAGCGACCACCCUCUCCUCAUCCUCUUCAUGGUGGGCGGAGUCACAGUCUCUGAAGCCAAAAUGAUCAAAGACCUAGUGCCCUCCCUGAAGCCGGGAACCCAGGUAAUCGUGCUGUCCACGCGACUCCUGAAGCCACUUAACAUCCCUGAGCUGUUGUUUGCGACUGACCGGCUGCAUCCAGACCUUGGCUUCUAAGCAUCUCCUAAGAAGAUGAUCCCUACCUGAGCUGGAAAUCCCAAUACUGUUAUCUGUUAAAAUCCAAAUCAGUGUCCCUGUUACUAAUCAUGGUUAUGACUGAAUGCUGUCCAAAGGAUCUUCAUAACCACACAGUGUGAAGUAUUGCUGAGAUUUUUUAAAAAUCAUUUUUCUAAAGGCAUCAAACUGCCUUUCAGCUGGCCUAAUUCAUGAUAAUGCCCAUUUAUCCUUACCCCUCUCUCUGUGAUCUUUCUGACUCCACCUGCAAGUUCAUUCAUUCCAAACAAGUGCCUGUCGGUGAGUGUUGGUAGAUUACAAGCCGUUUGAUCUGCAGUUGCUCCAGGAGAAGUUAGACAUGCUUUAGAAUCAUGGGUGUCAGGAAAGUUUGGUUUUCAAGAUAAUGUAGCUGAGGAGGGAACAUUGCAAAUGGGAUGUGAGGCUUUGUUUCUCUCUUGAUCUGAGACAUUUCUGAACAGGGGAGGAAAAGAGGGGGGGCGGCUAGGGCAGUGCCGAUCAUCUGCCUCUGUUGUAAAUCUCCUGCCUUUACAAAGAGCUGCGUUGUUCCUGUCUGCUCACUGGGCAGGGCUGCCAGCCUGCCUGGAACAGGAGUGGGAGAGAGGUUGAUUGGAGCACUGCGACAGCCCAUGAAAGGUUUCCUCUCCUCCCAAAGCAAGGCCCCAGUCAAGAUAUCUGGUCCAGGAGAUCUAGGUGGGAACCCUACCCCUUAUGACUUAUGAUUGCACAUUUCGACUUCUUUCUUUUCUGUGAAUCUUAGUCUUCCUUCUAGCCAUAACAGAGAAACCUAGACCCACAGAGUGGAAUUAUAUAAGAACUCCAGCAGAGAGGGACCUCUUGGAACCCAUGCAUUUGUAGGUGUACAGUUGAUGGAAAUUUCUAGCAUCUCUAAAAGAUGUUUAUAAUAAAGAGGGAAAGCUGAAAAACAAUGACUGGUGUGAAUUGAACAGGUAGAGAAAUAAAAUGUAAACCAAAAUGUGUCUCUACUUUUAGUUCUGUGCAAAACACUACCAUUUUAUGAGAAAACUGUGAAGUUGGAAAUCAUUUUGAGAUGUCAUCAAGGCAGGUUUUCUUGACCCCGACAUUCUUUAUUUUGUCCAAGUAUGUUUUCCACCUAACACUGGUUCUUUCAUGGUGCUGAAAUAGUGGAGACCCCAGAUGCUUUCAUUCAUUCUACUCAGAAGUUUGAAUUUGAGUAAGGGAGAAAAUGGCAGAUAGCUCCAAAGAAAUGAUCAUUAAAGCAAAGAUCACUCUUUUUAAAAAUGAAUAAAUAACCUCUUGAAUCCUCCCCUGGUGGUCCUGUGGUUACAACUUAACAUUUUCCCUGUAGUUCCCUUAGUUCCCUGACCAGGGAACUAGGCA